AUGGGCCGCUGGCACUGGUUGGGGCUGUGGCUCUUCCUUCAUGAGGUCAGGCAGCCGCUGCUCGUGGAGCCCCCGACUCCACGCGACGUGGAGCGCCGGCAGCGGCUACACAGGUGGCCGAACUUCCCUGCUGACGUUGUCGCCACCUUCCGCCAGUGGGGUGUGGAGCCCAGGCUACUGGCCUCUGAAGUCCCGGCGUUGCGUGCCGGGGGCGCUGUGGAUGUCGACGAGAGGAUGCGCUUCCUCACCUCCGUGUUGCGGAGAAGUGUCGCGAGCCUCGCAGAGCACCCGCAGUUUCUGUGGAGUCGCUUCGAGGCGCACAUCUUGCCGCGGGCGCUCUAUGCUGACCAGCUUGGCCUCGCGGAAGUCAUUGGCUUGCGAGACCUUCUCGGAACUCGAGACACUUUCCUCCGGGUGCAGCAACUCGCCUCCCACUCUGCACCGCUGCUGCCACUGACACUGGCAGAGGGCCUCGAUGGCUGUCUGCGCCUCCCGUCACUUCAGAGGGCCCUUCCUGAACGUGCCUGGAAGAGCCUCAGCUGCCAGCGGACGGCAUCCUUCGAUAUCCUUCGGCUCCGGCCGAACUGCCCUGCCUUGGAACGAGACUUUGGCUUCGGUGGGCGAGAUUUCAUGGAAGCUUACGUCUCGGACAAGACCUCGUGGGCAGCCAGGAACCGCUGCAUCGUCUUCUUGGCAAACCGAGAGGAGACGGGCCGCUCUGACGGCUUGGAGAAAAGCUGUGCUAUGCAAGCGAACACACGUCUGUCUGAGGAGCGCCAACGUCUCUCCAAGGCUUUGGAGGAAGAGCGACGCGGGCUUGCGGAGGAGUUGCGAGGAAGACAGCUCAGGAUCGAGGAAGAGCGGAGUGCACUGGGCUACGACCAGGAGAGACUCCAGCUCCUUACCGGCCACCGUGAACCUGAGGACGAUCUCAUCGCGCUGAACGUCGGUGGAGAGGUCUUCACAACCAGGCGAUCCACACUAUGUGUCUUCGAUGAUUCUUACCUGUCCAACCUGUUCUCUGGACGGUGGGAGGCGAGCAUUGAGAAAGACAGUGCCGGCCGUUACUUCCUGGACUUCGACCCAGUGUGCUUCCGGCUGUUGUUGAACAUCCUCCGUACCAAGCGCUUCGAGAGCCAGCGUGCCCCUUUUCCUCUGCCGAAGGUUCCACCUGAAAAGGAAGAGCAGUUCUGGCACCUCGUCGAGUACUUUGGCCUUACGGAGGCCUUCCAGGAGGUGGCGGCGGCCGCUGCGAGUGCAGCAGCCCGGCGGCCGAAGACCGAGGAAGAUGCGACGAAUCCUUCGCAACCUUUGGGCGCUUCUCUGAUGCAGUCUGCAGGCGCUCUGCUCCGCACUCUCCGCCAGGCUGCCGGGGAGGCGCAAGGCGGGCCCUGGCCUGGGCCUGGAGCCGAGGCCUCCGAGGCCUCCGAGGCCUCCGAGGCGCCGGGGCAGGCACCCCGCCGGGCGCUUUUGGCGCCUGCCGCAGACCUGCCUCCUCCGGCGGGUCGCAUGACUGCCACGGCUACCGAGACGCAGGCAGUUGCCACUUUCCCGACAACUGGGCCUGAUGCAUUUUCUGCUGUCGCGGAGCCUCAGCGUGCAGCUCCGGAGGUCGCCUCCACCGCCACUUUCCUCUCGGUUGCAAGCCAGCCAUCCGCCGCGGCGACUGCUUCAGCCAGAACUCCUGGCUGGUCAAGGAAGGUCGCGCAUCGGCUGGCAGCCGUAGAGGAUGAUAUGACCACACUCCACAUCAGCAGCUCGAGGGCUGCCGCCUCCGCCGCGGCGGCCCGGGCGUCUCGGGGCUUCCGUGCAGGGCGCCACGUUUGGGAGCUGAAGGUUCUGCUGUGCUCGGAUUGGUCCUACGUCGGCCUUGUUUCUGAGGAGUGGACCUCCCUCACUGUGCCGAUCGGACGCGCUGAUCACUCCUGGGGCAUUGCAUCCGGCGGAGCUCUUUUCGCUGGCGGUCGCGAAAUUGGCAGAAUUCAGGGAUAUGGGUCGGACAGCUGUUUACGUUGGGUCGUUGACAUGGAUACACGGACUGCUUCGGUCGCCAUUGAUGAUCGUGACUUCGUCGAGGUCUUCAUCUCCUUGCCGACCACGGUCUUCCCGGCCGCUUCGAACUGUCGCGCCCCCGCCAGGUACAACAUCAUGUUCCUCGGCGAAACGACGGCUGGCUAA